AAACGAAAGAAGCAAAAAGGCGUGAUUGUUUACAUGGCUGUGUGUGUGAUUGUGUGUGUGCGUCGUACCUGUGUGGGUGGGUGGGGACGAUUCUGUUUUUUUCUAGCGUUCUUGACAUUUUUCAUAAUUAAUAUUAGCAUGUGAUGUCCUUUCAAUACAAUAUAAUUGGUGUGUGUGAUAUGGGGGAUGCAUAGUGGGGCAUCCCUGCAUCAUCAACGCGUCAAUAAAUCAAUGUGACUGUCAGAAUCUACUACAACUCAACUCACCAGCAUGAUGGAAGCCCUGCUAAAUGAGUGGCUUUGGCAGGACAGGUACUGGCUGCCCCCUGGCAUGCACUGGCAGGACAUGCAUACGAGUGAAGGUCACUAUCCGCUACCCAGAGAUCUCGUCUACACCUUGCCGCUGGCCUUUGCUUUCAUUGCCUUGAGAUAUGUUUUUGAGAGGGUUGUGGCUGUCCCCUUAAGUAAACAUUUAGGUGUGAAGGACCGGAUUAGGAUUCAAGCCGCCCCUAUUGCAAAACUGGAGAACUUCUACAAACAGAACAACCGUCAGCCGUCACAAAGUGAAUUGGCGAGCCUUGGAAAGCUUUGUGGACUUUCCCAGUCAAAAAUCCAAAGCUGGUUCCGGCACAGAAGAAACCAGGACCGACCCACGAACACUAAGAAGUUCUGCGAGGCCUCUUGGCGCUUUGUCUUCUACCUCGCAGCGUUCGCAGCGGGGCUCGGUUCUUUGUUCCAUGCUCCAUGGUUUUGGGAUCCCAGAGAGUGUUGGCAGGGUUUUCCUAAGCAGGUUGUCACCAGUGCCCAUAGCUGGUAUUACACCUUUGAAUUGGGCUUCUAUCUCUCCCUCCUUCUCUGUGUCUCUGUGGACGUGAAACGAAAAGAUUUCAAGGAGCAGGUCAUUCAUCACAUCGCCACCAUAUUUCUCAUCGGUUUCUCCUACUGCGGCAACUACGUGAGGAUCGGCACGCUUGUGAUGCUGGUGCACGACUCGUCUGACUUCCUGCUCGAGUCGGCCAAGAUGCUUCACUACGCUAAGUGGACAAAGACAUGUGACUCACUGUUCGUCGUUUUUUCUCUGGUCUUCCUGAUUACACGGCUGGUAGUGUUUCCUUGCAGAAUCAUCCACACAACAAUGGUGUUAUCGCUUGACUUCUUCGAGCCCUUUUUUGGUUAUUACUUCUUCAACGCUCUCCUGUUAGUGCUGCAAGCUCUGCACAUCUUCUGGGCCUACCUUAUCGUGCGGAUGAUCUGGAAGUUUAUGUUCAAGGGAAAGGUUGAGCGGGACGAGCGCAGUGAUGAGGAGAGCGAGGCGGACGAGGAAGAGGAACCUGAGGAAGAAGACGAGAGCAACUGGGAGAAAAGGAAGGGUGCCAUCAACUCCAAGCUGGCGUCGCUAGCGAACAACUGUGUGCUCAACAACCUGACCAACCAGAGGAAUCUCAACAGCAGAUUACCCAAAGCCAGAUAGAGUCCGGAGUUUGGCAUUAUGGACAAAUGUACCUUACAACGGUCCAUUGAUGAUUUCACAUCACCGUCAGCCUGCGUUUUGCUUUUCGUCCUUUGACAAAAAGAGGUAGCACAUAAAAAAAAAAAGCACAAAUGAUUGUAAAUCUAAACACCCAGCGUCACUUUGGAAGGAAACGCCAUCACUCGUCGUGUCACUGUUCAUUUUAUAUUUAUGAUGUUUUUUGUCAAUGUUUUAUACAUGAGAUAUUUUAAUUGAUCUGUUACAAUGGUGUUUCCCAAACUUCAUUGAGCCAAGGCUUUCCAUUUUCAUAGUACAAAUAUCAUGCACACACCGCCAAAACAAAUGCCACAAAAGGUCUAAAUACUGAAAUAUAAUCCCGUCUCAAUUGAUUGUGUGAAAUCUGGGCUUGUCAAAUUGAACACAAAAUUGAUACACUUGAAGGAAGCCAUAUUUUAAUCUGGUGUAUGGAUGGCAACAGGUUUAUGUACUUUCUGGGAAAUUUGUUAUUUAACUGCUCCAGCAACUUUUUUGUUCAUAUGCAACUAGGAAAAAACUAUUCUUCCAGUAAUGCAACUUUUUUUUCCAGGGUGACCCUACUUUGUACAAAUGUGUUGCAAGAACAGCAUGUGGCACGGUAUAAACUUUUUUUUUUGUGACAGCAAGUGAUCGGGUGACGCCCCAAAAUAUCACAACAGAAAUCUACCGACCCCUGGCGGACAAUGAAGAACAUAUCCUUGUAUAUAUUCCCUCCCAAUGUCAAAAUAUUGACAUUCCUUUUAAGAGUACAUAAUCCUAUUAGUUUUGCUGUUACUUUAAAAAUCAUAUGCCAUUUUUUGUUGUGAUUUUCUGUACAGCACUUUUGGUUUAUGCCUUACUGUUUUUACACUACCCUACGAUUAACUUUACAAACUGUGACUGGAAGUGAAUCCAGCUGAUCAUUGUAUGUACACUAAUGGUCAUUACUGAACAUCUACAGAGGUAAACAUCUGGACUCUUUAAGAGCAAAAUAGUUGAUCAAAUACCAUCAUGAAUAUGAAUUUGUGGUUACCAGCAGUAUGGAACAGAGAUCCCAAGUGUGCUUGAUCAUCGUGGUAAACAACAAUAUGAAGCACUUAAAGGGCUGAACCGUGAUUCAUUCUAUGCCAUAGAAUCUAUGGUCAUAUUUCUUUUUCAUUAAAAGUGGCUAGAAACCUC